UUCUCCAUUGGUUGGGAGGGCUGUUUGGGAAUUCAUAAGCUAAUGUGCCGUGUGGAUUGAAUUAGUGAAGUAAGGCACAGCAGGUUUGUGAUCCCAAAGCUCUUUGUUGUAUUGCUAGAUAAGUUUAACCCUGCAGUAUCUAAAAAGUUGAGAAUGGUCCUAUUUAAGACCUGGGGAAUGUUUUUGACACUACAGGUAUGCCUUGGUUAAUGAGCCAGAUGUGUUCCUUCUUUAAGAAAAUUUAGUGUCAAGAGAGACAAGAGGUUACAUCUACAAAAGAGAAACAAUGCAAUUUGACACCACUUUCAGUGCUGCAGCUGUGAGAUCCUGAGGUUUAUAGUUCUACAAGGCCUUUAGCCUUCUCUGCCAAAGAGGGCUGGUGCCUCUCCAAACUACAAAUCUCAGGAUUCUGUAGGAUGGAGCCACGGCAGUUCAAAUGGUGUCAAACUGCAUUAUUUGUCUGGUGGAGAUGCACCUUAAAAUUGCAAGAAAAGACACACACCAAAAAAAGUAUAUAAAUAUAUCCAAGGAUUACCUUUAGUUAUACCAACCUCUAUUCACUUAUGGCCUUACAGAUCUGUGAUUUUGAAACACUUGGGGUUAGGCUUACCUGCUUUCUCUGUUUAUCUUUCAAUUUGCAUGCUCAGUCUCGGAUUUUGGAGGUAGUUGUUGUGUACCUUGCCUGUUGUAGGCAAGCACACAUGGACCAGCAUCCAACAAACUACAACAUGGCUGCUUGUGACACACAAACGUGGUCACUGAUAGUCACCAUCUAGUUAAAAGAGUAUUCAUAUAUAUAUAUAUAUAUAUAUAUAUAUAUAUAUGAGAGAGAGACAACAAAUUUUGUAUGAGUGAAGCAGGUGAAGAUCUAUUUCAAAGGAGGAAACCUUCAGAGGUGUCAUUGAUUUAAUGUGGGCAAGAAGUUAGCAAACUAGAAAAGUCUUUAAUUUCAGGUCUAAUAGGAUAUGAGACAGUAUGCGUUCUUGGAAACAUUUUGGACUACAAUCCCCAGGAUCCCCCAUCCAGCAUGGCCAGAGACAUUUGUUGGAAGAGUAAGGGGCAGCUAGCUAGAGGGAUGUGUUUGCGUGUCAAUAAAAUAUACAAACUUCACAGUUUUAAAUCGCACACACCAAUCCUCUGUCUUCCCCAUGUGAUGUUUUCCUUCACUGAAUGUAUUUUCAUAAAACCCAAGUGAUAUAAUAAGAUGAAAGUGGGCAUCUUGUGGGACUACCACUCCCAUCAGCCCAAGCCAGCAUACAUAAGGGAGGGAUGCUGGGACUUGCAACCCAGUCACACCUGUUUUUGCUACUCCACAGGUCAUUGUGACUAACAAAAGCCCCUUUGAAUUCAAACUCUUUUGAGAUGCUCGCUCCAAUAAUACUUUUAGAGCCACCUUGGGAGAUGUUCCAGUCUAGACUGUUGGCUUUGUGUGUGUAUGUUUUGUAUAUGAUGGUUGUUUCGCUUUGAUCCUUUUGGGGUGGGGGGCGGGAUGUGAUAAAAGACAUUUUAAGUCAAGGUUGAGUCUAACCGGGAGGUGUGGAUUUUUGUGAAGUCUCUUUGUAGAUAACCAAAAUGCUGAAAAUAGAACAGAAAGGGUUUCUUUGAGCUGGCCAUUGCCUCCCUCCUUGCAAGAAUGCCUUCAGGGAGGUGCCAUGUGUGUUGUCGAGUCAAGGACACAAUCCAAGGAGGCUUAAAGAAGGGGAAGUCCAGCCACUUCUGCCUGGUGUAUGUAUGUCUGGUCUUGUGUGCGUUUUUUUCUCCCCCCUCCUGUCUUUCCAAAAAUGUCUUUUCUUGGUUCUGGACUUCUCUGGAGAGUUUUGGGGAAGGUGCUGUAACUCUCCAGAGGAAGCAAGACCAUGCAGGUUGCAGCCGGAGGGCUCUUGUUGGCUCUCUUGUUGGUCCUGGAGGCCAUCUCCAUUCCUGAAAAUGAGAACUUUUCAGAAGGACUUCGGACAGAGCCAGAGGUCUCCAACUUGAGAAGAUCCGAGACUCCAGAAGAAGAUGAAAUCCUGACUGCGUCAGACAUCACAGGACCUCGAUCCCAGGUCUCUCUUGCUGUGGUCAACCUUCAAGACCAUCGUGGUGGCCAUGUCCAACCUGGCCAGAACUUUGCCGGCGGAGAGGCGUUGGGUUUAUGGGCCAGAGCCAGCUUCCAACCGUGGCCCCAAGGAGUCCCAGAAGAGCCCGUCUGUCGGGUGAAACUGGACCGGGGCAGCCUCUGGGCUCCCAACCACCUGGAAGUGGUGGGACUCCUGACCAGCUAUGACAGCGGGUUCCUCAAGGCACUGAGCCGCUCGGCCUGGAGCCAAGAAGAACUGGAGACCUUUGGCUUGUGUCCGACGGAGAACCCCCGCAGCCUCCUCUCAUCCCUCCGGCGCGUUGGGGAGAGCCUGGCCGAUCCGGGGGAGAGCCGGUUUCUCUUGCUUCAUCUGGAAGAAGUGAAAUGGGAAGCGGAGACAAAACUCCGCUUCAAGGUGGUUUUUCAAGAAGAUAUUGAAGAAUCCUUAGGUCCUCUUCAACAUGCCCUUUUGGUGUUUUACCAAGGAGGAAGAGAAGGUGAAGCCAUGCCUCUGGAGAAGUUCCUCGUCGGAGGGGAAGGUCUCCAUCAGGAACAGGAAGUCUGCCUCUCCAGGAGAACACAGUUCCUCGUUCUCCAAGGCUCAGAGAUUUUGGGAAGACCUGGCCCUGGGCAUUUAAGCUUUGACCUUUCCUUGGAAAUUAGACGCCAGAGCAGUGAAGGCGCUGCCCUCUCCUCCCAGGAAGCUCAAGACCUGCUGUUCGGCUUCGAUCCGAAGUGUUUCACGCGCAUGACCCCGAUGGUGUUGCUCUUGGUGAAGCAAAGGCCCGGAGAUGCCCCUCUUCCCGCUCCCUCUUCUUUCCUGGCUGCCAGCGGCAAGUUGGACACAGUCCCUUACCUGAAGCCCAGCCGUUUGCCUGCCUUUGGCGUGGCCGAAGUGCCGCCUUCCGAUAGCGGGGCCACCAACUUGACCAAUAUCUCAGUCCCAGAGCCCACCAGCACCGGACGCUUCCUGGAGGCCCUCUCUCGCUUUGUCAACAAGGUGCUGAGUCCCUCGGGCGAUCCACCCUCCGUCUCCAGGGUCCACCUCCGGCUGGAUUUCGACACGAUGGAGGCUCUCCCUCACCUGCGUCUCAACCUAUCGGAGAAAGUCGCCUUGGAGCAGCUGGUGCAGUCGGAGGACCACUUGGUGGUUCUUUUUCCGGAGGACAGCCAGGCCUUGAUGGAGGAGCAUGUGGGGCACUGGUACUUGGAGGGCUCUUUGCUACAGCAACUUUUGGAGAAGCUGCGCUUGGUGAUCCGCGAACUGAAGUCCCUGCCUUCCUUCCAAGCCAAUGCGGACCUCUUCCACACACUCCUGGGUUUCUGCUACUACCCGUCAGGUGGUCUGGGGACCCUUUCCCAUGGCAAUUCCAGACAGGUGGAGGGACCGAGGGGCCGGGAAAAAAUCCACAGCCUGCUGCUCCUCAAGGCCCUCCAGGCGGUGCGGGCUCGCUGGCGAGAAUCAAAGAAAGCGUCCUCCCGGGCCAACCGUAGCGCCCGCAACCAGGACGACUACUGCCAGCUGCGGGAACUCCAGAUCGAUCUCGUCUCCACAGGGUACAUCAUCUUGCCGGAGUCGUACAAUGCCAACAACUGCGUGGGCCCUUGCCGGAGUCCUUUAUCCACCCGCAUCUCCAACUAUUACUCUCACACCAUCUUCCUGCUGCGCAUGCAUGAACAGGGCAUGCCCUUGGACCGGGCCCCUUGCUGCGUCCCAGUCAAAUACUCCCAAAGCCACAUGGUCACCUUUACCAAUGAUCAAGGGCUGAUGGUGAAGGUGUACCCGGACAUGGUGGCUAAGUCGUGCGGAUGUCGAUAGAGAAAGAGAGGGAAAGGGGGCUCCCAGGCUCUCCUGGGAAGGUAUGCCAUGCUGGGCCUGUCGCUUUGGAUGGCAUGGUGCUCGUACCCAGAAUCCCCUUAGUGGUAACAUACACUGGUAAAAUCCCAGAUUAAGUAUUAGAAAGAAGUACCAUGGACCUCCUUUCACAACAUUAUGGAAAAUACAUAUACGGUCCUCCUUCCGUUCUUGCGAUCUUCGGAUCCGUGUCCCUCGCUUAUGCGCGAGGGAUGAGUGGAGUGAGAAUGAAUGGGGCACAUGCUCAUGGCAUGGGCCCGCACCCACACCUAUAUUCAAGCCAAUGGGGCUUGAAUAUAGGCAAAAUUCCAUUUUCGUGAGAGGGUCCGCAACGGAUCCCCCGUGAAAAAGGAGGGGCAACUGUACUGAUUUAACUCCUGGUUGCAGGUACCUGGUAACGCCUUCUGCAACAUUUCUGAAAGUAGUUACUGUAUAUACUCAUGUAUAAGUCUAGAAAUUUAGGUUACAAAAUUCACCCAAAAAACCAUGCACUAAUAGUUAUGUCUGCUGGAAUUUUGCAAGUUCUUUGGCAUUGUUUUCCUUUACUUUGUCCUUUACAUCCUUGAUUACAUGCCCUUGAGUUUUACCCUUGAUUUAUCCAUGGGUCAUUUCAAAAUGCAUAACUUUGGCCCCCAAACCUGCCCUUGGCUUACACAUAAGGUCAACUUACAGUCGAGUAUAUACUGUAUGUUCCUCCAGUGGUCUGCUUGAGCCGCUACCAUCCUCUUUGUCUUGGGCAUCCAAGGCACUGAUAACAAUUCUGAUUCUUUAUACAAGUGUAAACUACUUUCUUUAUAAAGGUACAUACAACAAGCUCUCUCACAGAAUGAUUCUUGCUUGCAUGUUCUUAUAUGCUGUGAAAUACAGCUCCUGCACAGAUUAAUCUAUGAUGGGUCAGGGAGAUGUCUGGAAAUAACAUGUUCCUCUCUUGCCCCAACCUCCCAAAGGAAAAAUUGAACAGAUUCUGCUUUGACUUCUCAGAUGCCUUGCAGACUUUAAAAGCAUUUCUUUUUAGUUUCAUUUAAAAACAGAGUCUUUACAGUGGUGGCUCCACAAAUCUUUCAAGUUUGCUCCUUUGGUAUGUACAGCCCCUGCAUUCCUCUCUCUGAAUUUGUCUUGGAGGAUUUAUUUAUUCCAAGCUGCUCUCAACUGAUAUUUUUUGUUUGGUAUUCAGUUGCUGUUUAGUUUUAAUUGCAAAGGCUAUCCAGUUCUUUAAGAAUAUUGUGUGGUUGUUGUUGUUGUUACCAAAUUACAUACCGGUUUUACUCUGCUGUUUACCAGCCGCGUUGAAAAUAUUGGGUAGUUUGGAAUGUAUUUUUGCUUACGGAGCCUGUGGUUUGUAACAUGUUGAGAUAGAUUGUUUUAAAAUGUUUGUGUGUAUCUUUGAGAUAGAAUUGAUUGAUAUUGGAAGUCAAUCUACCAGUUCAGAAAUAAAUAAGGGCUAGAA